AUGACAAAACAAAUAACUUUUGUCACCGGCAAUGCCAAAAAGUUAGAAGAAGUUAUCCAAAUUUUAGGAAGUGAAUUCCCCAGACAAUUAAUUAGCAAAAAAUUAGACCUCCCAGAGUUGCAAGGAGAAUUAAACGAAGUGUCUAUACUCAAAGCAAAAGAAGCUCAUAGGCAAGUACAAGGACCAGUCAUUGUAGAAGACACUGCAUUAUGUUUCAAAUCUUUAAAAGGUUUGCCAGGUCCAUAUAUUAAAUGGUUCUUAGAAAAAUUGGGGCCGGAAGGUUUACAUCAAAUGCUUCACGGAUUUGAAGAUAAGUCUGCUGAAGCAGUUUGUACUUUUGCCUAUCAUCCAGGCAGUGACUCUGAUGAUGUAAUAUUGUUUCAAGGAAUAACAGAUGGUACUAUUGUCGAUCCAAGAGGGCCUAGGGAUUUUGGAUGGGAUCCAUGUUUCCAACCAAAGGGAUAUAAUCUUACAUAUGCGGAAAUGCCUAAAACUGAAAAAAAUAAAAUUUCACAUAGAUAUAAAGCAUUAGAUAAGGUAAAAAAGUAUUUUGUAAAAACAGAAUAG